GAAGCUGGCGUCGUACACAGCGCCCAAGGAGCUGCUGCACGAGCUGCCGCGCGGAGAGGCGGAGGAAGAGGUUGCAUGGCUAAAGGAACCAUCACACAUCAUCCGGUGGGGUUCAAACAAGAAGCCAUCGCGCAUCAUAGACAGGGAGGAUGACUGUCGGCGCCGCUGCCUCUUCCCGCGGAGGUUUAAGAAGCCAUCGCGCAUCAUAGACAGGGAGGACGACUACCGGCGCCGGCCGCCUCAACCGGAUUAUCUCGCCCGACCGCCAUGA